CUAAAUGCACUUCUUUUGAUAUCUUUCAUCAGGAAUAUUCAGUUCUUUGGACUGGAACAUCAGAGAAAAGUGACUUCAUCCUACGUUGUGAUCAUUGGUCUUGGAGGAGUUGGAAGUCAUGCUGCCUCUAUGCUUUUGAGAUCAGGAGUAGGCAGACUUCUUCUUGUGGAUUUUGAUCAGGUCUCUGUUUCAUCAUUAAAUAGACAUGCUGUUGCAACAAGAGAGGAUGUUGGCACCCCCAAAGCCUUAUGCCUCAAGAAGCAUUUCUCGACAAUUUUCCCAGAGAGCCAUGUUGAUGCAAAAGUGCUGUUGUAUGAUUCAUCAUCUGAAGAAGAAAUUCUUUCUGGGAAUCCUGAUUUUGUCCUAGAUUGCAUUGAUAAUAUUGACACUAAGGUUGCACUUCUUGCUGCAUGUGUACGAAAGGGUCUGAAAGUUUUAUCUGCAACAGGAGCUGGAGCAAGAGCUGAUCCGACAAGAAUACGUGUUGCCGACUUGAGAGAGUCAAUCAAUGAUCCAUUAUCUCGAGCAGUCAGACACCGUUUAAAAAAAGAUUAUGGUAUUGAAGGCGGCAUUCCUGUAGUAUUUUCAUUAGAGAAACCCAAGGCAAAGCUGCUUCCAUUUAAAGGACCAACUGGAGAAGAAGAAAAUCCUUCAGAUUAUCAAAUAGUACCAGGGUUUCGGGUUCGUAUCAUUCCAGUCCUGGGAACCAUACCUGCUAUUUUUGGACAAGUAAUGGCUUCCUACACUGCGACCCAACUAGCAGGAGUUCAAGUUCAUAUGGAGCCAGUGGUGAAUUUUGAUAUGGAUCAUUAUCAAGUGCUCCAUCAGCGCCUUAUUGAGCAUGAAGAGUUACUAUAUGGUACAGCUAUGCAAGUUCAGGUGGAUGUCGAAGAAGUCAUGUAUAUAGCCAAAGAAUUGUGGCAUGGACGAAGUGCAAGAGAUCAGGCACCUAAAGAUGUUGGACGUGGAAUGUGGCGAUCUGUCAAUGAGUUAAUGCUUGUGAGAUGGGAUUGCGUGAAACCUGCUUCUGUGUCAAAUUUAAUUCUUCUGAGAUUCAAAGAGAUCAUCAAUUUCACUCCAACUCGAAAAACAAUUUCAGCAAUCACAAAGAUAGGCCUUACUAUCCACAAAAAGGUUCGACUUCGGAAUCUUUUCUCGUCUCCUAAUUUAGGAGAUUUAUUUCCUUCUUUCCUUACGUUUCCAAUGAUGGAAGAUCCCAUCAACAGCUACAUGAUCUCUGAAUUGUCCAACAUUGAGGUAGAAAUAAACUCUACCAUGGGUUCUACGGGAGUCGAAAAUACUUCCUUCCAGCUUACGGUGGAAAAACUGAAUGGGAAAAACUUUAGAGAGUGGACUCAAUCGAUUAAGUUGGUAAUUGAAGGCAAAGGAAAGCUUGGUUACCUGACUGGAGAAACAAAAAAGCCUACAAAUGCCAUCCUAUUGCAGAAGUGGAAAUUAGAGAACUCGUAA